GUUUUCUCUUGUAUAAAUUAUAAAUGGAUGGAAUUAUGUUCUCAUAAAUGUAUGAAACAAAGUAUGUACAUACAUACACACAGGUACACAUAUACAAUCUUUUAUUUACUCACAUUCAUUUAAUCACACGCAUACACAUACACGCGCGCGUAGAUAAAGAAAAGAGGAGAUAUCGAAGUUAUAUAGAGAUAUAUAUUUCAUUUUCAUUAUACAUAUAUAUAUAUAUAUAUAUAUAUAUAUAUAUUUAUUUUACAUGUGACCGUGAUUUUAUAAAACGUGUGAAAAUAUUCAAAGAGCGCGCGCGCAUAUGAAUUGUUUUUACGCGAGUUUUUUAAAAGAUAUUUGCCUGGUGUUUAGUUUUUUUAUCUUUUCCUUUUUUUCGAAAAUAUUCCAGUCGAAUCCAUAAAAAUAUUAUACUGCGUUUCACAAGUACAACACGCGCAAUCUCUCUAGUUUCUUCAUACUUUGGGAAUAUCUUAGGACGAUUUAUUCAAGAUGAAAGAUUUGUGUAAAAAAAGAAAAAAAAAAAAAAAAUAGGAAAAAGUCCGUCGAACAAAAUGAAAUAUCAAAGGAAUCUUUUUUCGAGUUCGCUCGCUCGAGUUCUUAUUAUUUGCUCGAAAGGAUGUGAAAAGAAAAAAUACGUGUUAUCUUUAUCGUUCUCAGAAAUUCGAUUCGUCUCUUCUCCUUUCUCGACUCGUAUCAUUGAUAUCAUAACACAAUUUUCUUUCGAGAGAAACCUAUUUAACGAGAGAUAGAAUCAACUUGUUAUUCUCCAAAUAUAUUCUCGAUCCCAAACUUCCACAUGAUCUCGACACAAACUCAACGAUACGAAAAGAAAAGAAGAAGAAACUUUCUUAAUUCUAAUAAGGAGACAAAUACAGGACAAAAGUUAUGGAAAUUCGCGGAACGAAGUAAUUAAAAAUCACACGGAGAAAUCGCGAGAGAGACGUGCCGGAGGGUAAUUAAAAAGGAACGAAAGUGAUAGUUUUUUCAGUGAUACGAGGAGGUCGAGAUGCUUUUAGAGCGUUUUAGAGCAUAGAACUCGAUGGAAGAAGGAAAAAAGAUCGAGAGAAGAGGAAAAAGAAAAAAAAAGUAGAAAAGAAGAGAUUGAAUCGAAAAAAGGGAGGGAGAGAACUACACAAUCGUAUACGCGUCGUUCGAUCAACACGCUUACAACUUGCAUAUACACUUACGCAUAUACACUGCUUGAACUGCAUUCAGGGUAAGAAAGAAAAACGUGUCUCGAAAGGAGAAAGCAUUAUAAAGAUAGGAUCGGGUCGCACAGGAAGAUGACCAAGGAGGGUUAGAAAAAAAGACGAAGAGAAGGAGACGGAGCGAGGAAGCGGAGGGGGAGGGAGAAAAAGGUGAGAGCGGGUGGUUCUCCUGGCGAGGAUGGUAAAAGGUAAGCAGCGCGUAUAGCGCGUGCGCUCGUCCGAUACACCUAAUACGCGCGCACGGAUACAGAUGCAACGGGGGUUACGUGGCGAGGAGAGGCGGCGGGGUUGGAACACCGGAGGGAGGCUCGCAAAACUCUGACGAGGAAGCGAGGAAACGAGAAAGCGAGGAAGUGAGCGGGGCGAGCGUAAGCGAGACGGGACGACAGUUGGAAACGUGAAUGGGGAAGAGUGGAAUAGAGACAGCGAGCCGCGACAGUCGAUGGACAAAGAAGCGAGGAUUCGCGAGGAUCCUUGCGCGGUAUGAGGUUUGCAUGCCUAGCAGACGGCCCCUCAGUAUCGUCCUACGUUCCGCUCGCGACGUGACCCUUCGACUUGCCGUCCUGAUCCGCGCGCCAUCCAAAACUUGCCUCCGUUUAUACCGGCGUUAUACCAUUGUUGCACGCGCGACUGUUGCUCGUUGCUCUUCUUUUUUCUCUCUCUCUCUCUGUUUCCCUCUCGUUUUCACGCACCGUUCGCAGUGAUACGAUUUCCAAGGAGGGCGAAAGUAUUACGUUUGUUUCGUCCCGUCACGGGUGAUGAGUGCCGUUUGUCGUAUCCUUGAACCGUUUCCGUCGGUAGGAAUAUCAACAAAGUGAUCGAAGGAGAGUGACACGGAAGAGGGAGAUAUAUUUGGAUGUUACGCACAAUCGUGCACAAAAAUUUAUCCAGAAUGGCAUGCCUUGAAAUAAUCAUAUUUUUAUGUUCAAUGAUCACUUUUAUGGUCAGCAAUUGCGAAACAGAGUCAGAAAAUAGUAACGAGAAGGUAAAUUUGUCCAAGUUCCCGUCAGAGUCGGAUUUAUCCAGCCUAGAAGCAUCGUUAGAGAACGAAGGAUCGUUGAGAAAAAUAGUGAAAAGACUGGCACCUGAGAAGAAUGGCGAGUACCAAAUUUAUCAAGUCUUCUUCGGAAAUGUGGAUCUUCUCAAGGAAUGGCUCAAAGGAGCGGGCGUGACAGGACAGCCCGGAGUAGACUUUCCAGCAUUCACGACAAUCCCAGCCACUUCGUUCAGCUGUCGCGGCUUGAAAGGUGGUUACUACGCGGACUUGGAGACAAAUUGUCAAGUAUUCCACAUCUGCGACAAUGGCCGGAAGAUAUCGUUCCUCUGUCCCAACGGUACCAUCUUUCAGCAAUCGCAGUUGAUUUGCGAUUGGUGGUUCAAGGUGGACUGCAGCAAAUCCACCGAGCUGUACGAGCAGAGCAGCGAGCAGUUAUUCGACGAGGAGAGAAGGCGAGGGGAGGCGAGCCGGGCGAAAUCGAGAUUCGACUAUCAGCAAUCGAUCGAGCAGCCAACAGAUCGCGACCAACGGGACGAUUACUACGACGUUCAAAAUCUUAGCUACGACGGGAAACAGAACGGGAGGAUCAAACCUUACGAGGAGCCCCCCCCAGAUAACCAGCUGCAAUCGAACAGGGAAAGGAUCAAAUCCUCCCGCCACUUUGACAAUAAUCUCGGCCGGGAGUCGAACGCGCAAAGAGACAACGAUCAAUUGUUCGGGUUUCAAUCCAGCUCGAAGCAACAAUUCGAUCAAUUCGCGAGGAAUACCGAGGAAGGGAACGUGAACAGGUAUUCGACCACGAGCCAAGAUCAUCGCGCUGCCUCGAAAAAGACUCAAAAUUACUACGUGACCAAUAGAAACUCGAAUGCCCAGCGGGACGAUAAAGGGAGUCUGAAGAGAUUGAAGUUGAAAGGUUUGGCCGGCAGAGGUAAUUCGUCGUUUGCCGCCUCCCAAAGGGUGACCCCUGCUUACACCGAGUCGACCACGUUCAGGGGAAGCAAUACGAACAGCCCCGCGAAAGAAUCGCAGCAAUUUGCGGAGAGCGCGGCUUUCGUUGGGAAUCGUGGGAAUCGGUACAACGAGAACGGUGGAAACACGCAUCACUAUUACUAUCAAUUUUACGUUAAUCGGGGCGACUCCACCACGAGAAAUCCUAAUUACGAGCCGACCGUCCGGGGACAGGACAACGAAAACGACGCGUCCACGAGGAGAAACGAUUACCCGCGCUCCUAUUACGAGACGACCACGCAAUACCCGACACCCACAGGGACCACUACCCCCUACAACGACGAGAUCGCGACGGAGAGUAGCCUCUCGACGAACUCGUUCGCCAGCCUCGAUACAACCCGAUCAACCGAAUCCCUUCGAUUUACCAACUACGAUUAUCGCGGUAACCAGAGGAUUGUGGGCGGCAACGUUCGAAGCAGCUUCGUCGAUAAAAAUCACUACAAUAACAGGGAAUCUAAUAGAGUGGGUAACGUAGGAACGAUUCCUCCGACCACUCGUUCCUACGUGACCACGGAUCGUCAAAACACCGUGACACCGAGCUCUCCCCAACAAAGGUACCAGUCGUCCACGUCGACCGCGUCUUUUCGUAGCAAUAAUUUUGUCCGCGGCACGGAGAGGCCGAUUGAUAGUCGAUCGAAUGGAUUAAACGGCGAUACGAAACCGAGCGGGAAGAACCCUUCCACGGUUUCGCCAGGUUAUCGACAAAAUUUCAUCACCACCACCGAGAAACCGUUCAGGACGACGUCGAUUUAUCAAGAAAAUACGCAGAAAGAUCUGAGCCCUUACGAUACGAGCUUCACGUACAAACAGGGCAAAGUGAUGUCCACUCUGGGUCCCUACGUCCCGUUUACCAAGAAUUACGCGUACACCUCGGCAACCAGCACCACCACCUCCAGACCCAGCACCCUCUACACCCCCACGGUGCCCGCUUACACCACGGUUCGCGCAACGUCGAAAACUUCCACGCCGAGAUCGAAACAUCCUGCGUCGGAUAAAGGCAAGACGAAGGAAUCGUCCGAGAGGGAGCACGUGUUAAGCAUGCUCAAUUCCCUGAAGAAUCUGGAGCACAGCGUGCCCGCUCUGUCGGACGCGUUCAAAGAGAGAGCGACCAAUGUUUCCGUUCCCCCCGAUCCGUCCACCCUGCACUCCCUGGCGCUCUAUUUUUCCACGGCCACCGAGAACUUCAAUUCGAACGAGACCACGGACUCGACGUUGAACGUAGGAUCCGUCGAUGAUGCGCAGAGAUCGAUCUUGCUUUCGGGAAAGAGCGGAAAUGGGACGGUGCGAGUGCCGACCAGCCUUCUCACCCGACACACCAUCGAUUCGUACACGGAAUUGUUCCGAUUGAACGAGGGUGCGGAGAUCGGCAACGGAUCGACGAGCACGGAUUUGGAUAAUAACAGUUACGAGGAGGAGGACGACGAUCUGGAGCUUCAACAAAGCGGAGGGUCGUUGGACGAUCUUCGAAAGUCGAACGGGACCAGACUUCGGGAAUUGGCACAGGUGUUCACCCACGCUCUGUCCGCGUAUCUGCUGGAUCCGGACACGUUCAAGAAGGUGUUGACCGAGAUCAGGCCGACCGAGCCAUCUCGAACUACGCUGGAAACGACCGAUCUAUGGGCUACAACCACCACUCCUUAUCCCGGCCAGGAGGAGGAGACGAACGAAGACGACGAGGGUUCGUCUCUGGGCAGGGAAAAGGACGAGGUUUUAGACUUCUCGGACGACAGUAACGAUAUCAGGCAGAAAUUGACCACCACCACUUAUCCCACUACGACCACCUUCGAAUUGCCCAGCACCACAGCGGAGCGAGAAAAUAUUUACGAGACCUUGAGCACGUUGCCAAAUACAUAUUACACCACGUCGAGAACAUCUGCCCAAGAUUUCUUCGAAUACAGCACGAGCUUGGUAUCGUUGAAUCCUCCCGUGUCUGGUAACUAUUUCGAGAGUUCCGUGCCACCGACAGAGAGUUUACAGGAGUUUACGGAAGAGGCGAACACCACGCCGAGCGGAUUUCACAAUCGGAACAACGAGAUAGACAAAGGAAGCGUCGAGUCGACGGAGGGACUCCCUUCUUUCGACGAGAGUCAAAAUCGAGUCGGGGGUUUCCAAAAUAACAGCGCCACGACGACCGAGUCGUACACGGAUAAGAUAUCGUUCCUCACCACUCCUGUAAGCGACAAUUACGUCGUCUCGCCGACGCCUCUACCGCCAUCCAUGUUCGUGCACAUGGUUACCUACAACUGGAACAAGAAAUCGACGAGCAAAAAGCCGGAGCAACAGCUGAGCCCACCGUUGUUCGACGCCCGUUCUCAAGGGUCGAUUCGAAAGGGGAGCGAGAAGAUCGCCGCGUCACCGAAUUAUCCCAGCGCAUCCACGCACAAAGUGCGCGCGACGACCCUCGCCUCGAAUUACGAGACGUCGACCGAGCAACCCUCGAAAAUCCCUCGAAAAGAAAAAUCGUCGUUGAUCGAGGCAAAAGUUGCGAUUUCCCUGCCGACGUCGCGAAACACUUACACGAAAUUCAGGAAUCCUUACAAUCGCGUGGACAUCGAGACGACAACCGAGAGAGCGACGCCCACGACAACCCUUCCAACCGAACUCCCCGCGACAACAACCGUGUCCAGCGUCUACGAGACUACGACGUUUUAUUCGAACGAUUCUAACGAAUCGACGAGUCGGAAGAAGGAGGAAUCCAAAGGGUUGGACAACGAUCAUUGGACUUCGUCACCGGCCGUCACCCGUCUGUGGGAGACGUCCGUGUUCGUCGAUCCUCAAAGGAUCAACUACGAUUUGGAGUCGGAUCUCGAGUCGACGGUGUCCACGGGGACGCAGUUCAGCGUCACGGACAGUCGAGAAAGACUGAUUGAAUACGGGAACACGCCCUACUUCGACGACUACACGUCGAUCAGUUCGGACGAGUCGACGUCCACGGACGUCGAGGAUACGUCGGUUUCCAUGCAAAGAUCGUCCAGGGACAAGGAUUCGCCCACGACCUUCUCCCUUCUUCCAACCUCGUUCACGGAGAACACCGUGACCCCGAAGCCGUUGAUCACCACGCGAUCCAGCAUCACCACCACGAUAACGUCCUCCAUCACGUCGACGAAAUCGUUGACGGGACAACAACAGGGCGGCUUGGUGACCCUGCUUCCUUACGCCACGAGCGAGUCGAACGGGACUCGAGAGAACGAAAUCGCGGAGAAAUUGUUCGGCAGAUUGAACGCUUCGAGCACCGAUACGUUGAUGAGAGUGAUGAAACAGGCGGACAAUAACGAGACCGUUCGACAACUCGUCCUGCUCUUGAUACGGCAUUGCAACGAUCCGGCCAACAACACGCUGCAACGGGAGAAGGAGGAGCUGUUGAACGCGCUGCUCAGAUUGCCCGUGAACGAAUUCUCGUCCGAGGAGUCGAAAAACGUGGUGGCGGAGAUCAAUCAGCUCAAUCUGCCCGCCGUUAAGCCGGUUAAUUACGCGAGGAGCGGUUCGACCGCGCCGCCGUCCAUUACCGAGCCGGCUGUGACCACGUUCAGGAGUAGGAAGAACCGUAAAUUUCGCUCGACCACGGAAAAUUCGGCCAAUAUAGGGAGACGAUCGGAGAAACUGUCGGAGGAGAGCAACUCCCUCCAGGAGGACGAGAGCUUCGUGUCCGACAACAGGGCGCUCGAACUUCUUAGAUCGUUGUACACUAUAGCCACUAAAUGGGGGUGAAAUUGUAGGAUACGAUUCGUGGCGAGGGUCGUUUUAGCGUGGACUAGGCUUCGAAGAAGAUGAAUUCGUGUCUUUUUUUUUUUUUUCUUUUUUUUUUUUAAAUUAUUCUCGUUGUUCCACAUCGUAUCGGUUUGUUUGGAAUCGAUCGAUCGUUCAAAAAUAUAUUUGUCCCGAUGAUAAUUUUGAACGGUUGAUCGAUUUUGAACGGACUAUAGACGCAUUAGAUAAUCCGAAUUGAUCUUCUCUCUCUCUCUUCUUAAUCUUGGAUCAUCUUAGAUCCAUCAAUUUUUUCCGGCUCGAUGAGAGAAAGUUAAAUUUCAAUUACGAUACGAAAUUGGAAGAUUUUUACGGGUGAUGGGAAUACAAUACGUGUUUAAUUAUUAUACGAUGGAAAUAUCUCUUCUUUAAAUUUUAUAUACGCACGGAAUCUUUUCAAAUAAUAAAAAGAUAAGAAGUUAGUUGAUGAACGACGAAACGACUCCCGAUUAAUUUCGCUUGAAUCGUGCGUCACGGACGUGGGAAUAAUGAAAUUCUUUGGAACUCGUUCGUUAGAUUGUAAAUUAAUUAUAUAUCUAGUAAUUGCACCUGAUCGUUAACAGUAUUACAUCGCAUAUCGCGUACACUUGUAUCAUAAUCGUUGUACACCCUUUGUUGAAUAAAUAAGGAUUUCGAUGUUCUAUGAUAAAUCCGACAACUUACCCUCCACGCGAGACUUUAUCCAUAUCUUAUAUUUAUAUGCGUUGAUGUUGUGGUUUUUGCGGUUUACAAAAUUUUAAUCGUUAUGAGGAAAACGUGGAACCUUAUAUCGUAGAUUACUUGGAAUCGCUUUAAAUCUUGGUGCUGGUAUGUUUUUUUUUGCAUCUUAUCUUAAAAAGUAACAAGUUCGAAGAUACGAGGCCCUUGUUAAACGUAAAUAAAUUUAAAUAAAUUUGUAAAAUCUUUUUUCUUUUUUUUUAUUUCAGUUUUUCUUCCGUUUUAUCCGUUUUCUAAAAUAAAAUAACAUGAUCGAUUCGAUAAUAACAUUGAACAACGAUGUCUAUGUCUUUGUUUCAAGAUCUAUUAUUUUUUUUAAUUGUACUUAAUGUUUUUAAUGAGUAUUCAAAUCGAUGCUUAUCACACAUUACCGGUCGAUAUAACUCGAGUUGACAAAAUAGAUAUUAUCAGACAUUAUGUAAAAUAUUUGUACAGAAUGUGAAUAA